CAUUCGGCUACACAGUCUUUAUACACCAAGCCACACAAAGCACCAAUUUGCGAGCAUAGCCUUUCAACGGGUAAUUUCCACGAGACGACCAGUGCUUAUGCUUCUCGCUAAGUCCUCAGCGCUACUCCUAGUGCUAGCCUGCACACUUGAAAAGAGCAGGAGCCAGCAACCGAACCCUAACCGGCGAGCGCCCUUUGCCCCAAAGGCCCUGGAAAAGACCAACUGCGCGCGCAAGUCGCGGAGGCCCUCUUCUUCGAGCUAGCAGUAAAGUCGACUUGGAUACACGAUGGCAACCGCCAUGCAGCCCUUCCGCGCCUUCUCCAAUCCUCGGAGCCAGGCGCCGCGCCAGCAGUCACGUCACCUCAGCUGCACAGUCUCGUGCGCGCAGCGCAGUGUGCCCACGACCUCUCCAUCCCAUCAGCAGACCAUCUCGGCGGGCCAGGUCGUGCACCAUGACCUUGGUUCCGCAGCGGUACACCGCACCUCGCUAGGCCGCCACCCGGUGUUCAUGCACAUCUCGGCGGCGAGCGGCCCUCAGCCGACCCAGUCCUACGCGGCCGCUGGCUCGCUGGGGGAGGUGUCGGUGCUGGAGCAGUUUGGGCCACUGGGCGGCAUGUCGGACUACACCAAGCUCAUCUCGGCGCUGACGCUGGUGUCCUGCUCGGCGCUGCGGCCGCCCGCCACCGCGCUGCUAGGCCUGGCGCUGCUGGAGGAGGCGACACAGCUGCCCUAUGACCUCAUCAGCCUGGAGUAGGGAUCUUGAAGUAGGAAGAGGUUUCGUGUGAUGGUCGAGGGGAGAAUCGACCAUCAGAAUUAGUAGUGAGUGUGUGAUGGGACAGUGGCAAGGCAAUUAGUAGUGAGGCAAGAGAUCGACCCAUGGGGUAGACAGGACAGGGCGGGAUGGAUCGAGCCUUGCCGCGGGCGUGUCGUACAUCCCUGUGGUGUUUUGGUGGCAAGCAAAUGGGCGAGAAUGAGGUUUACAGAAUCCGCCUGUCUGCGUACUGCGUGUGAAGCGUACAUAGCAGGAGGGAUGCGAGGGAGGUUAGCUAUGCGGACGUGCUAGCGGGUCACACUUAAUGACACGAGAGUAGUACGUAGAUGACUGGGCGGCGGCAGCAGCAGAGUGACAUGGCUAGGGGGCCAAUCUAAGUAAGGUAGGAUAAGGACAGGCAAUGAGCACUGGAGCCCCCAGCGUGUUGGACGGGCACGCAAGGUGCAUGCAGGGCGGGAGAGAGGGGCUACCGUACUCCAAACUGGAAGUGACAGGCAAAGUCAGACUGUGACCAUGUGGUUUAUAAUCCGGCUUGAUCAUUGAGUACAAUCUUGGUGUCCAAUAUGCGCACCACUCCCUGUUUUGCCACCAUGCAGCAUGGCAUUUGAUGCUGCUGGGAUGUUUUUCUUUUUUUGUGGCGGCUGGUGUGCUUUCGGUGCCGUAUGUUUGUGUUGCGGUGGCUUGGGAUUUGUUUCUGCAAUGGUGAUGGCACCAGGAAUUUACAAUUAACCCAUUAUUUGUGCUGGGGUGUGAUCUAAUAGAUUGUGAUCCGCGUCAGGACACGUGCGUGCUAGAUUGCUACCCUUCUCAAAUUGACAUCAUCACAGCAAAUAGAGUCGGACAGCACCCAGUCACAGUUUGCCGUUUGGGUGGUGCGGUGCCUUCUGUGCACUGCACGCAGCCAUGUUGGCGCAUACAAGUGCAGGUGCAGGUGUGCUUAGCAUAUCAACGCACCCCUGCAUCAACAGGGCAAGGGCAUGCCUGCACUGCCGGAAGGGCAUGCAUGUAAGAAGCUUUGACC